AUGUAUUCUCUUGAUAUUAGAGUAUGUACUAGUCAGCUAAUACAUUGUUUGACUCAAGUUCCAAAUCGGGCGGGAAGAUUUUUCAUCACAUUUGUGUAUGGAUUUAAUGAGGAGAUGACUAGGGAAAGGUUGUUGCAAGAUAUUCAGGGACUGGCCUUGCAUAUUGACGAUCCCUGGAUGGUGGUGGGGGAGAACCCUCUAUCUUUAAUGGAUAGAAUACUCUGUUGGAAUGUACGAGGGAUUAACAGCCAGCACAAGCAUCGCGAGAUUAAGCAGUUAAUCAAUUCAAAGAGAGUUAGGCUUGUUAGUCUCCUCGAAACAAAGGUGAAGAAUAAAAAUAUGGGGUCACUUUAUUCAAGUUUAUUUUCUAGUUGGUGUUUUAAUAAAAACAAUCCUUGGAUUGAUAAAGGCAGAAUAAUUGUAGCUUGGAAUCCGAGUAUGUAUUCUCUUGAUAUUAGAGUAUGUACUAGUCAGCUAAUACAUUGUUUGACUCAAGUUCCAAAUCGUGCGGGAAGAUUUUUCAUCACAUUUGUGUAUGGAUUUAAUGAGGAGAUGACUAGGGAAAGGUUGUUGCAAGAUAUUCAGGGACUGGCCUUGCAUAUUGACGAUCCCUGGAUGGUGGUGGGGGACUUCAAUGAGAUUCUUUAUCAGCAUGAAAGAAUAGGGUGCUUCCAUACUUGGAAUAAUAAACACCGGGUAGAGGAACAGGUAUAUGCAAAGAUACAUCGUGCUCUGGUUAAUUCGAAGUGGACUGAUACUUUUCAGAAUUCUGAAGUUGUUUUUCUUUUGGAAGGUAUCUUUGAUCACAGCCCUAUUCUUGUAUCCUUUUAUUUUGAGGUGAAUUUGGGGAAGAAGCCAUUCAUGUAUUUUCAGAUGUGGAAGGAAGCUUCCUCUUAUGAGGUCAAGGUUAGUACUAGUUGGACUGCAUUAGUUAUGGGUACUGAGAUGUUUAAACUGAUUACAAAAUAUAAGAGGCUGAAACAGGUUUUUUUGGACAUCAAUAGAGAAGGGUUUCAUAAUAUUCAACAGGCAGAAUUUCAAGCAAAGCUCCACCUGAUGGAGACCCAGGAAGUCUUGCAUAAAGACCCUCUCAAUGAUACUCUUAUCAAGAAGGAACAGUUGGCUAGGGAUAAGUUUGUUCAUCUCCAUAAAGCUUAUAUUCUGUUUUUGGCACAAAAAGCUAAAGAAACUUGGGUUCAUAAUGGAGAUGAAAAUAGUUAUAUUUUUCAUGCGUCCUUGAAAAUUAGAAGAUUACAGAACAUAAUUCUUUCAAUCAAAUCUGAGAAUGGUAUUUGGGUAGAUACACUAGAUGGAGUCAAAGAUGCUUUCUUAGGAUAUUAUCAAAGAUUGUUGGGGACAACUACGCAACACAGGAGGAAAGUCUCUCAAACAAUAAUGAAUUUAGGUCCUGUCAUUUCUAAGGUUCACUCUUGGAUACUUUCAGCAGAGCUCACAUCUCAGGAAGUUAAAGAGGCUAUCUUAUCCAUUUCAGGGAUGAAAGCUCCUGGUCCAGAUGGGUUUAGUAGCUUCUUUUAUCAAGAUAACUAG